AUGCUGCCACCACAAAGUUCAGCAAACGCUGAUGGUGCUUCAUCAUCAAAAACUUCUGUUGCAGUACAUUCUCAUUCAAUUGACCAAUCAGUUAUAUACCAACGUCCAAAACGUGUGUCGGCGCAACAGUGUUUAUUCAUAUUACAAGAACUCUCAGAAAUGGACAGUGGUGAUGAAUCAGAUUCAGCAAACGAAAAUGAAAAGACAGAUGUUGUUGAAGAUAAUCUUUCUGAUGACGAUGAAAGUAAUACUUAUAUUUACACAUCGGAAAGUAGUAGCGAUGAUGAUGUAGAAGAAAAUUCAUGCGGUGGAAAUAAUGGUGUAACUGUUAAAACUUGUAGAGAUGAUGUAAAAUGGACUAUUGCGUCAACAGUUGAGGCUUUACACGCUUUAUCAAAAAAUGUUUUAUCUGCCAAUUUAUCAAAUGAAGGAUGGAAUAUAAGUGACAUUGAACUUGAUGCUUUCAUAGGCCUAAUAUAUCUUCGUGGAUGUAUGAACGCAAGAAAUUUUCCAGUUAAAUUCCUAUGGUCUGAAAAAUAUGGCAACAAAGCUUUUGCAGAAACUAUGCCGCGUUCUCGGUUUGAAGACAUUAUGAAAAAUAUUAGAUUUGAUAUACGUUCAGAACGUAGAGAGCUCCUCCAAAGUGAUAAAUUUGCUCUAAUGUCAUGGGUGCUGACAAGAUUUGUAGAAAAUAGUCAAAAAUGCUAUAUACCUGAGGAAUCUUUAACAAUUGAUGAGCAGUUGUUCCCAACUAAAGCUCGGUGUCGCUUUACUCAGUAUAUGCCUAAUAUACCGGACAAGUUUGAAAUCAAAUUCUGGAUUUUAGCUGAUUUAAAAACUAAAUAUUGUCUUAGUAUCAAACCGUAUCUUGGUAAAGAUGAAAACCGUGUAGAAAAUUUGGGUACUCAUGUGGUCAUGUCACUAAUAAAACCAUAUUUAGGCCGCGGGUAUAAUGUUACUACAGAUAACUUUUUUACAAGUGUCGAUCUUGCAACAAAACCUUUGCAAAAGAAAACGUCAAUAGUUGGAACAGUUAAACAUAGUAGAAAAGAAAUUCCAGCAUUUGAUCCACUUCCACUUUACGAUUCAACUUUCUACAUAAAUGGACCAUUGAACUUGAUUGUCUACCAGGCAAAGAAGAAGAAAACUGUAAUUUUAUUAUUAACACUACAUAGAGGGGUAACUAAGCAAAGCGAUGGGAAGAAAAAACCAGAGGCAGUACUUUAUUACAAUGCGAAUAAAUGUGGAGUUGAUAUGUUAGAUUCAAUGUGUCGACAAAUGUCAACAAAAUCUGGGUGCAGACGCUGGCCGUUAGCUGUUUUCUUCAAUAUUUUGGACUUGACCGAUGUAAACGCGCGGAUCAUUUUUAAAAAAGUUACACAACAAAAAAUUUCGAGACGAAUGUUCCUUUACACUUUAUCUGAGCAGUUAAGAGAAGCAAAUAUAAAUCACCGCAAAUCCCAAGUUGCUGCCAACAGUAAUACCACAAUAGCUACCAACAGUAAUACACAAUUACCCACACGAUUGAGAUGUCAGAUAAAAACAGACUGCAAACGUAAUCUGACGUCAACAGUAUGUGCAAGUUGUAACAAACCUGUUUGUGGAAAGUGCAUGUCAUAUAUAAGCAAACAUUGGAAAUAA